UGCAGAGAAGUCUUGUUGAAGGAAACUACCGAGUUCACUUUUUUUUCCUUCUUCUUUAUUUUGCCCAUGAAUAUGUGUGUGGGUUUCCUUUUAUUUUUUGUUGGUUUGUCACACCAUCCAGAUGAAUCAUUCCGUUUUUGCCGUUCACUGUGUGAUCACCUUUGCCAACAACAGCAUCUGUGACAAAAUAAGAUAAUUGCACGUUUUAUUUGGUUGUUUGCAGGGAUGAAAUGUUUAUAUCGUAAACAGUUAUGCUAAAAAUUAUUUUAAGAUCCUCAAGUGAUUCAUAGCGUGAUUCUACAGCCGUGGAAGUGAUAUAUGUUGUUAUUGUGAGUGUGUGCAUUGUAUAGUGGUUAAUUAAUCUGAAGAUUUAAAACUGAUUAAUCGGAAUCAAUUUUUAAUAAACAAUAUCUGGGGCUGAUUUUUUAAUGCUGUGAUUUGUGUGCUACUUCUGUUUGUGCGUGUGCCAAAACGCGUUAUUUGUUUCAAUAUUAUUUUAAACGCCUUCUGUUUACAGGAAGCUUACAAAUUGCGUGUACUUAUCAAUUUAAAACGGUAACUGAAGAGCGGUGGAAAAAUCUCAAACUAUAAAUCAAGGUGGAGUGAUUGAAAAAUAAAGUAUACGCGAGAGUGUGUUUUAUUUCCUCGUUGUAUUUUUGCAGCUGGUGAUUUAUUAGUUCUUUCCCUCACCAAAUGGUACCCACUUUCGCGUGUUCGAAAAAUCACUUAACAUUUCUAUCGCCAUCUGAAUCUGGUUAAGUUGUUUGUGAUCCAGUGAAAAGUUAAGCGAAAAUUGGCUUUAUGAUUUGUGGUAUGCCGACUAGAUUUGAUUCGCCUGUGAACAGGGGCAAUUUCAAUGGGUGUACCAUGCCGCCUACUUGGGGAUAUCAACAUCAGCCGCAAUUUUUAAAAUGGCGUACAUGGGCACAACCAGCACGCCCAGCACAUUCAUUGAAGGUGGAUCCAGAACUUAUAUUUACAAAACAAGAAAGAAUAGGAAAAGGCUCGUUUGGAGAAGUUUUUAAAGGCAUUGACAACAGAACUCAGCAAGUCGUUGCAAUUAAAAUUAUAGAUUUGGAAGUAGCUGAAGAUGAAAUUGAAGACAUUCAACAAGAAAUUAUGGUUCUGUCCCAGUGUGAUAGCCCUUAUGUUACAAAAUAUUAUGGUUCCUAUCUUAAGGGUUCAAAGCUAUGGAUCAUUAUGGAAUACCUAGGUGGUGGAUCUGUACUAGAUAUGAUAAAAAUGACUUCACAAUUUUUUGAAGAAACACAUAUUGCAAUUAUUCUUAGAGAAGUAUUGAAAGGAUUAGAUUACCUGCAUUCAGAACGUAAGCUUCAUCGUGACAUCAAAGCUGCAAAUAUCCUUCUUUCUGAAAUGGGUGAUGUAAAAUUAGCAGAUUUUGGAGUUGCUGGACAAUUAACUACAACAACAAGUAAGAGAAAUACAUUUGUAGGUACACCAUUUUGGAUGGCACCAGAAGUUAUUAAACAAUCAGCGUAUGAUUCAAAGGCUGACAUCUGGAGUUUAGGAAUAACUGCAAUUGAGUUAGCCAAAGGAGAACCACCUAACUCUGACUUGCAUCCGAUGAGGGUGUUGUUUUUAAUACCAAAAAACAAUCCCCCACAACUGACUGGUAAUUAUAGUAAGACAUUCAAGGAGUUUGUAGAAGCCUGUUUAAAUAAAGAUCCACAAAAUAGACCCACUGCCAAAGAGCUUUUAAAGUUUCCAUUCAUCCGUAAAGCAAAGAAAAAUUCAUAUUUAGUUGAUCUUAUUGAAAAAUACAAAAGAUUCAAAGCUGCUGGUGGUGGUCAAAGUGAUAGUGAUUCAGAGGCUUCAGACUCUGAUGAAUCAAAAGUAAAUGACACAUGGAAAAGUUGGCGUUGGGAUCUUGGUACAGUCAAAGGACCUGGAAUGUGUGAUAUACCCUUAUCACCUACUUUAGAUGGUGAAAAUAAUGUUAUGCCUUUAAAAGUGUCAAAAAUCCCAACUCCCGUAAAGCAUCAACAAAAUGGUGAUUCAACUGCAUCAUCGCCUCACUCACCCAACUCUCAUCCCGAAACUGGUCCAUUUUUUCGCCAAGAAAAUAGGCAGCAGCAGCCCUCUGCAAGGCCGGUCAGUAUGGCACCACCUCCACCGUCUCAACCAAAACUUAUAAUUCAAGCUAGGAGUAAAGAGGCAGAAUUUAUUGACAAAAGCAAAUAUGAGCUACCUAUUCAGUUUGAACCAGAACUAGUUGGGCGUAGAAAGUCUGAUGAAGAUAUUGCUCGAAAGAAAGCAAAAGAAAAGAAAAAAGAAGUUCACAAAGUUCAAGAUUCUCCAACAAAACAAUCACCUGGAAAAGGUUCUUCGUCAUCGAUUAUCUUGCAUUCAUUAAUGUGUGAGCUCAAGAAAAAGCACAAAAAUGAUCUAAAGAAUCUUGAUAGUCCAACCAAAACAGAAGCCAUUGAAGAACUUCUUGGCGCUUUUGAGCUAGCGGAAAGAUCUUGCACUGGCAUUAGUGAUUUAUUUGUUAAAGAAAUUUUUCAUCGAUUAUUGCCUUCCUAUGGUAGUCAUAUGUUGCAAGAUAUCAUAGAAAAAAUAUCUAGGAAUGGAUCAUAGAAAACACAGUUGAGAGAUAGACAAGUUUAACCCUGUGAAUAUUUGUCUGCUAUCUAUAUUUGGAACUGUUAUAGAUAUAUCUACAUAUAUAUUAUUAUUGAAAAAUAACUAUAUCCACCGUGCGUGCCUAAAAUGGUAUGGUCCCCCUAAAACUCCUUACAUUCCAUCUGUAUUUGUUUGUUCACCAUCAGUAUAUUUCUGCUUAAUACACCUCUUAAUGAUUUACCCUAAAAUAAAUUCAUAACAUCUAUCUGUCUAUAUAUAUGAUACUCCAAGUCUAUAUUUAUGAACACAGGGUAUUUUUAGGUGUUCACUUUUUAAAAUGAACUUAUUUUCUGAAAAGUGCAUCAAAAUGUCCGUGUUGAGUACGACCCUUUCAGUGUAUGGACUGCAGAAUGUGUUCCUCCGCGAGUUUUCCGAAAAAUGUAAAAGAAAGAAACGUUCUCCUCUUUGUUGUUGUUUAUUAUUAUUAUAUAUUUACUAAAAUAUUUUUUGAAAAAAAAAAUCAUUCCAAUCCGGUAGUUUAAAUAUUGUGAAAAAAAGGAAUUAUAUUUAUACACCAUAUCAUAUCUUUACUCUGUGAUAAUUGUAUUUGUAGUUUACUAAUUACUUCUAAAGAGGGGGGGGGGACAUAUUUCUGAAAUGUUAACGAAAUUAUAAAUCCAUCCCCAAGUAUAAUUUUGAACCAUGGAAAUGUAGGUAAUUGUGAUUUUUUUUAAUUGCUAAAAUUAGUUCAUUUGUUUUCCCUCAUCAAGGUAACAUUUGUGUUACAUAGUUAUCUUACUUUUAUGUGUCAGUUUUAUUUUAUUUUCACAAUUUUUCAUAUCAUUAACUGAAGGGAAAAUUCUUAAUUAUUUCCUAACUGAUUCAUUAUUUCAAGAAUAAGGAACAAAAAAUAAAAUAUACUAAUUUAUAAAUUUGAAAUUAUUAUUAUUAUUUUUUCUUUUGUUAUUCUUGUAAUAUAUCAUUAAAAAUAUCUUGCUUUCUCAUUGUAUGUUAAUUUUUUUAAAAGAAAAUUAUUACCUUUUUUUUUUGAGGUUUGAAACUAAAUAUAUGAUGCGGAGUUCAAAUCCUCAACGGUCAUCAGUAUUAAUUGUUCAUUUCUGGAAUUUGACUGUUUGUUUAUUAAGAAUUUUAUUUGAUGUUUCAUUUCAUCUGUUUUUACUACUUAUAUUACCCCUUUUUUUUAAAUUUGACAUGCUUAUUAAAUUAUGUUUUAUGAUCAAAACUAUUGAUUAUUAUUUUAAACUAGAAUUGCACUGAAAUUUAAAUUUAAUGUAAACAUAUUAAUAACAUUUGGUUUCGUCAGUACUGCUCUCUCACAAAGGAAAGAGAUGAAAACUCCUGUAAUAAGUGCUCAACUUUAAUUAUUUUCUUAAAUGCUUUAAAAAUGUAUAUCUUCGAAAACUGAAUUUUAAAUUAGGUGCUCUAUACAAUGUUCUAGAAUAAUAAUAUAUCAAAAAUUAUUUUCUGAGAUGUCAUUUUAAAGCAAGAAGCAACUGGAAGUGUAAUUUAUACACUUGUCAUAAAAUGUUUAAAAAAUAAAGCAUAUUAUUAAAAAAAAACUUAAAUAUAUUUUUAAUUUUUUAUUAAAAUUAAUUCAUUUACUCUUUGUUUCUCAAUCGCUUUUGGCAACAUAUAUUUUAUUAAUAUUGAACUACUGUAAAAAUGUACUAACUAUUUUUCCAUUGCUGAAAUAGAAAUCAAUCUAUUUAUUCAAAAUAAUAAUUGUCUUGCACUAUUUAUCAUUGAAAAAUAAACUGUUAAAAACUAAUAGAAUUGCAGAGAGGAAGGAAAUGUAUAUUUUAUGUGUUUUAGGUAUAACUUUUCCAGUUCAUUAAAGCUAUUCCCUUUUCUCAAUUCAAAAAUUUACCUCAUAUAUUACUGCUUUUUCAUUCUUUUUUUUUAAACUAAAUGUGUCUUUUGAAAAAUUAUUAUUUCUUCUGUAAUGUGUUGAGAAUUCAAGAAUGGGAAAUAUUUAUUAAAAACCAUUAGACCUGUUCUGUAACAUGAAGUGCUCAUGAAAUUAUGUAAACUGUUGCCAUGUGAAAAGAAUUGAAAAAGUUUAAUUUGUUUAAAUGCCCCAUCUCUCUUUUUUUAAAUAAACAAAUAAUUUAGAGGUCAAUAAAACAUUUUAAAAAGAAACUUUUAACAAUGGAAAAUUAAAUAUUAAAUACCAACUGGAUUUUUUCAUUAAACAGAAUGCUUAAUUUGAAAUAUGUAUUGGAAAAUUAAUGCAAUUUAGGUAGACUGAUCCAACUAGGGUAGUGGGAACAGUCCCUAAGUUUCUGAAAAUUACAAGUUAAAUAUUAUUAAUAUUUAAGUUGUCUAAGGCAACAUUUUUCUCAUAUUAAAAAUUAUGGCAUUAGAUUGUUUGUAUAAAACCUUUAUUGAGGGAGUUUUAAUUAUUUGAAAAUUGAAGGUAUGCAGAAAAUAUUCACUGCCUUCAUGUUGCAGAAUUCUCCCAUUGUUUCAAACUUAUCUUUUAAUUUCUAUUAAUUCAGUCAAGAACUAUUCUAAAGGAAUUGAAGGUUAUAUUCAAAAACACAUUUUGCUGACAUAUUUAUUAAAUUUUUUUUUAAAUCUUACGUUUUGAAUUUGAACAUGUAUCCUUAUAUUGAAUUUGUAUAUUUGCUCAAAUGUAAAAUACUUUGUUCCAUAAAUGAUAUUAGUUUAUUGUUAUAUUUUAAGAGUUUACUAUCACAAAAAUUCUUAGAUGAGUAUAUGAUACUCAGAGUGCUAUUGUAUUACGUAAUCUUAAUUUUUUAUUCUUAACUGGUAGUCGUAGAUAGCAUUUUUUUUAAUAAGCCUGAGUGAGAUAAUUAUUAUUCUUGUUUAAAUUUUUUUCAAGAGCUUCUUUUUAUGAGAAAUGGUAUAAAAAUCACUUCUUUUUUUUAAAAGCUAAUUUAUUUUUUGUUUCAUUCUAGACUGUUUUUUCAUGCCGUUGAACUGAGUAGCUUAUAAAAUUAUAUGGUUGUCUUAUUAAAAAAUACAUUUUAUUUCAAUUAAAUAGCUUUAAUUAUGUGCAAAAGAUUUCUUUAAGCACAUUUGAAAGUGUGUUUGUAUUUUGUAAAAACUUUUUUUUUUAUUGUGUUUUAAUUUUUUUUCCCCAUUUGAAAUCUAUCUCUGUACUUAUAUACAUUUCAACAGAAUAAAGCACUUAUCCAAAAUACUGAUAAAGACCAGGGAUUGUUGAUAAUAAUUAUUUUUCAUGGCUGUACGAGGGAUCUGUAAAUAUUGAAACAUGAAAGAGUUGAAAUUAAAAUGUGUUUAUUUAGUGA